UUGGCUCCAGGUGAAGGCCCCGCCUUGCCUUUUAACCGUCCAACCAGUUCCUUGUAUGACUUUCAUAUGAGCAGACAGCUUUGGGGUUUGUCUGAUUUACAGUAAACCAGGAGUUGGUAAAACAACCACCAUGUGCCCUCAAGACAACUGCAAGAACAGACAGAAGAACACGAAAGGGGAAGAGCCACUCAACCGUUUGUAGAGCUGAGGAGCAACACAUGACUGGGUUUCCUGCAGGAUUAAACAUUUCCACUGAGAGGACGCUUUCUUUUACUUUCAAAGAACUGAACAAUGGAAAGAUUUCACAAAGGGGAGAAAUAAAAGACUUUGGAAGACAAGAGAGGUAAUCUGCAAAGCGUCUGGGUGUGGAGGCUUUAACUUUUGACUUACAGGAAAAGUUGAGGACUAUUUUUGAACAUUGUUAACUUCCUAAAAGCCUCUAAAGAUGAAUAACAGCUGUGACAAUGAUGAGUUUAAGUACCCCAUGUACAGCACGGUCUUCAGCCUGGUGUUUGUAUUGGGGCUUAUAUUUAAUGCAAUAGCGGUAUACAUCUUCAUGUGUACACUGAAGAUCCGGAAUGAGACCACCACAUACAUGAUGAAUCUGGUUGUCUCUGACAGCCUCUUCGUCCUAAGCCUGCCUUUUCGGAUUGCCUACUUCAUCAAGAGAGAGUGGAUUUUUGGCAGCGUCCUCUGUAAGAUCUCUGUGGCGCUGUUCUACACCAACAUGUACGGGAGCAUCCUCUUCCUCACCUGCAUCAGCAUGGAUCGCUUCUUGGCCAUCGUUCACCCAUUCCGCUCGCAGGGAAUACGCACAAAAAAGACGGCCAAACUGGCCUGCCUUGGGGUGUGGGUAAUGGUUCUCUCUGGCAGCAUACCUACGGGGUUCCUUCUGGACACCAGCUCGCCGAACGAGACCAACGUUUCCUACUGCUUCGAGAAUUACUCCAAAAAGCAGUGGAAGAACGAGCUGUCGAUGGUGGUGAUUUUUAUCGAGACUGUGGGCUUCAUACUUCCACUGAUGAUCAACGUGUUCUGCUCAAUGAUGGUGUUAAGGACAUUGAGGAACCCUGCAACCAUCAGCCGAGGGGGGAGCCUCAACAAGCAGAAGGUCCUGAGGAUGAUCAUUGUUCAUCUGCUUAUCUUCUGCCUUUGCUUCAUCCCCUACAACGUUAAUCUCAUCUUUUACACCCUGGUGCGCACAAAGGUCAUCGCAGGGUGCUCAGCAGAGCGGGUGGUGAGAACCAUCUACCCCAUAGCUCUCUGUAUGGCAGUGACCAACUGCUGCUUUGAUCCGGUCGUUUACUACUUCACCUCGGAGACAAUUCAAAGCUCCAUCAGACGGAAGUCGACAGCUUGGUACAACGGGACCAGACUGUUUGACAAACUGUACACAGACAGCUCACAGAGCAGUCCCAGUCUACAAACCAAGAGCCUCACCCUGAGCAGCAUCAGACCCGGAUCAAAACACAAUGAGUCCACCGUGUGACAACAGCGCUACUGUUGUUGGUAGCAACACAACAUAACAUAUUUUCCUGAGACUUGAAGUGAAGCAAACAGAAAUCCAAACAGAAACAUUCCCUUCAUCAGGACAAAACAGACUUUGGACUUAAAUCCCAAUGGGAGCUAUAAAAACAGAAAGGUGUGUUGCAACUGUGUGUAUCUAUGUCACACCUUAUCCAAGCUUGGAUUGGGAAACGAACCCAUAAGCUCCAGUUUAACUAACAAUUAUUGAGGAUAUUGCUUCUGUGAUCUUAUUUAUUAGAGCUGAACCAGUAUUAUUGCUCUUUUAAGGGUGCUGUAUUCUGCCGUUUGUUGUUGUGUGUCAUAUUUAGUCACAUUAAGUCCAAUGUGCACUUUAAAACCUAGCAUUUUUUUGAAUACCUUUCACUUACAAGCUGAGAAAAUAAAAGUAUUUUCUUUUUUUAAAAAGGUCUGAGUUUUAAUCAACCUUCUUUUUACAGGCAGAUAUCGAACAGUUGAUAAGAACUUAAAUCAACUACUCAGGGUUCAAAGAGAUAUUUUCAACUCACAAUUCAGCACAUUUACAAACCCCUUCUCACUCCAGUGUUAAAAUUCUGAUCAGAAAAACCUUACGAUGAAUUUAAGGUAGUGUUUCAUUCAAAUCUGGGCUUUAAAAAGGAAAUGGUGUGUGGAAACAUUGAGGCAAUGAAAAGAGGGAGAAAAUAUGAAAAAGGUUUAAAUGUGGCAAACAUUUAAAAGGUCUAUUCUUCUCUCAGAAUGUAAUAAACCCCUAUCCCUAUUAUUGCAUUUACUAAACAGCUAAGGCAUACACGGAAACCAAAUUCAACAAACGUUGCAUGAAAAUGUUCUUGAUUUGAGAGUCAAAUUUAACCCAUUAAGCUGUAGCCUGAGUGUGUAUCCAUAGCUCUUUGCAAACAGAACACUGUGGAAGCUUGUGAAAUAUGUGCUCCUCCUCAUAAAAGCUAUGCAUGACAAGACUGAGCAUUACAGCAUUUUUGUUCAACGUUGUUGCCUUAGGCUCUGUCCCGACAAGAACAGACUCACUCCAGGGAUGGAGAAACCAAAACAUGCGAGCAAAAAGAUGCUUCUUCAGCAGAAAACUUAAGCAAAUAACAGCAGGGAGGGCUAUAGCUUUGCCACAUGUAUUCAGCACGAAUUAAUGGGUAGGCAGAAAACAGAUAAAAUUCAUUGCUGUGAGAAGAUAUUUAGUAAAAAAAAGACUGACGAAUAAAAAAUGUUCAGAGUAAUGAACUCUUAAAACUAAUAACUGUUUGUUUAAACUACCAAAGAAGACUUUUGUGUCAAAGAAAGAUGGACACUCUUUCUAUGCCUGCUUAAAUUCGGUAGGGUUUCUGAUUAUGAAAGUACUGAUUAGGCUUUUAUUAAAGCUUCUGGAUCAGAUCUGGGUCUAGACUUUGACUAAAACAGCCCAAAACAUUCAAUAUAAAUGUUUUUGUUUUUUUGAGAUUUCAGAGGUGGACUUGCUAGCUGUUAGAUCCAAGAAGGUUCUGGGUUCAAAUCCUACCCUGUUAAAAGAAGGACAAUGUAAAUGACUUCUUUAAAAUGGGCUUUUAACCCCCUAGUGGGUUAGUGAGGUACUGCUGGGGGCAUCUUUGCCAACAGCCCUAAACUGGCUUUAGAAAGCUUCAGCAACGUAUUGUAGCUGUAGAGCUAGGCUGGUUCUUGCAAUCUUGGUGCCACGUGCUGAAAGGCUCCAGUUUUAAGUCAGAAGCCUGAAAGAACAGAAAAAUCUGUGCCUCUAAAUAAAGACAAGGACCAGCAAAGUAUUUUGUGUAAAAAUCAGAGGACUAACCCUCGAUCAGGCCGAUUUUUUCUAUGUAGUAAGAAAUUUCAAAACAACAAUCUAAACUGAAAGCAGGAGCGAAGCCCUGAUGGGGGUCCAGGGUGGCCAUGGUUACCUUUAGCCAUUCAUUCUCCACCCCUGUGGCCACCACUACUAAAUGAUUUAUUCAUAUUUACUAUACAAACAUAAAAGAUGACAAAUACAGAAGGGGAGAGGACAAAGGUCUGUGUCUCUGCAAGUCAUCCAGGAGUCUGCUGUGUAUUUAGACAUGAAAAAAUAACUAAUCACAUUUAAUGUAUAGUGUGUAUAUAUUAAUAUUACGGUAUAUAGAACAGCCCUUUUCUUUUUCUGGAAAUGUAGCUUAGAAACUUCCAAGUCAUGUAUUAAAUAACUACUCCUCUAGCAUUGUGUUAAAGAAUCUCCCAAAUACACUCUGUGUAAAUGAGAGGUGUUCAAUAAUAAUGCCCCUGACCAUCUUCCUCUUGUUUGAACUAGCUGAAACUUUGGAUGUGCAAUUAUUUAUUUCUCUAUAGAUUAAAUAGUAAAUUACAGCUCUGAACUUAUCAUGGUUUCUGAUUAACAGGUGUUUAAACUGAGUUGAGUCUGAAAUGGAGCCCGUUGAGCCGAGCAGUGAUCAGGUUUCUAUAUGACAUUUUAAGGCCAUCAUCACCAUAAGUUACUUUCAUUUCAUGAAAAGUUUCCUGUAGUGUGCAUCAUUUCAAAUACAAAAACCUGGAUCAUUGCUUGUCACUCAACAAGCUCCGUUUCAGGCUUGACUCAGUUCAAACACCUGUUAAUCAGAAACCACUAUUAGUUCAGAGCUGUGAAUUGCUACUUACUCUAUAGAGAUAUAAAUAAUUGCACAUGUAACAUUUCAGCUAAAUCGAACAACUAGAAUUAGAUCAGGGGCCUUACUUAUUGAACCUCCCUCAUAUUUCUGUUCUGUGAGGCCUUCUCUGGCUUCUUGUGAUUCUAAGUUAAUUAAAAAUAUUUGUUGAGAACAGUGGAGCUACAACCGAAGCUAAACGAUAAAGAAAAUAAAACAGGAUUCAUAUGAUCUCCCUUGCUGCAGAUAUCCAGACAGAUAAACUUGAUGUCGUAAUAAUCAAAUUAGCUUUAGUUUAGAUUCUGAACAGCAGUUUGGACGACCUCCUAAAGCAGGGGUGUCCAAUUAAUGUUUAUAUUGGGCAACUUCAGCAUUAUCAUGUCUUUAAAAUAGGACAGACGCAGCUGUAAAAAUAAAAACAAAAUAUCAAACUCCUCUGGUAAUAUUGUUUUACCUACAUUUCCUUAGCUGUUUGUUUACCCUCUAAAAGCAUGCAUGCCACAUGAUGCACCUUUUUAAGCUGUUGGGGCCUGAUAAAUUGCUGUGGUGGGUUGGAUUCGGCUUGUAGGCAUUGAGUUUGACGAAUAUGUCCAAGAGGGUUUUUUCUAAAGCAAAGAGUUCAUGAUUCC